AUGGCAGAUGAAGAAUUUGACCCAGGUGAGGUCAUUUACUUGUCCAGCGGAGACGAAGCAGCGGCAGCUGCCAAGAAAAGGCCUCUCGAGGAUGAUCCAACACCUGAGCCCAAGCGCUUGAGGAGUCAUGCGCGUGCGGCCAAAGUCUCCAGAAUUGAGGAGUCAUCUGUAGAAGGAUCGAAGCCCAACGAAGAGUCGAUAGUCGCUGGCAAGUCCUCAGCACAGUCAAGCUCAUCUGGUGAAUCUGCACCCGAAGAUUCUGGUGAAAUCCCCGACUACAAGCAAGGCAGGGUUAGCUUCAAAGUACCCAAUCUCGUGGAUAAGAAAGGCGGUUCCUGGCUUAAACGGUUCAAGGACUGGGUCAAGGCAUUCCACGCCCUCAAUGCGGGAAAGUGUGAUGCCAUCACCUCAUCAUUAACUUACUCUGCUUAUGUCUACUAUAUCGAUCGUCAUGCCGGUUUGAAGCCCAAGAAGAGGAAGAAUGCGAAGCAAGUUGCAAAGGAGCUCGAAAGCACUGGCGAACUAGAGGCUCUGCUUCGAAACCUCCAUUCCUCAAGCGAUUGCGGACCUAAUCAGUCAACUCUGGACAGCUGGGCGACAAGGCAGCCCCGACCGGAACCUUUCAACAGAGGUAAAAACCCACGCGCGUCUAGCGUAAGCGAGGGGGAAAUUGACGAAAGGGACGAGGAUGGCUCUGAGAGCGAAGCUGAGUACGAACCAACCUUGAGCAAGAGUGAGAGGAUUGGAGAAGAUGCCAAGGAAGAGUACUCAUCAGGCAUGAAUAUACAUGCAAACGGCAACUCAACAUCCAAAGUUUCAAAUUGCCAGAGCUUACCACCGAUUAACACUCACCGGAAUGUUCCCACCGGUGAUAAUGCAUUGGCACAACAGCGCAGAUACUUCCCGUCAGCCGACGAUCCUGCCCAGAUGUGUCUUCUCUGUGGGCUGAACACACAUCUGGCACCUAGCUGUCCAUCCCUUAUCUGCUCUUCAUGUGGAAGUUUAGAACACUCAAAAAUCUGUUGCCCUGAAAAGGAACGAUGCAACAAAUGCCGCCAACUUGGCCACCAAGCAGGCCAAUGCACUGAGAAACUGGUUUUGACAAAGGAAGAAGGUCUUGCCUGUGUCUUUUGCAGCUCAAUAGAACAUCUUGAGGAACAAUGUACACAGGUGUGGCGAUCGUUUGACCCGGAUGUAUCUACGGUCAGAAAAGUUGCGUUUAUUCCUGCAUCUUGCGCUGUAUGCGGUAGUGAUAGGCACUUUUCUUCGGACUGCAAUGCGCACCGCAAUGGCCUCUCUAAUCCCACAUGGUCUGUAAAGAACCGCGAUCAAUAUAUUGACCCCGAUUGUGGCUCAGUGCCGAUCGAAGGGGAGACGGGAGGACAGCAAAAUGCAAGGACCACGAGAACCCCCGACCUUAAGAUUCGCGGUCACGCUGCGCGAACGACCAAUGUUCACUACUCAGAGAGCGACGACUCGGAAGUGGAGUUUCUGGGCCACAAACGCGUUCAGAAGCCAGCGAUCGGCCAAAUUCGAAUGGCCAGUAACAUUCAGAUGCCAAACAUGCAAAACGGAGGGUCGAGACGACAUAACAGACACAAUGGCGCGCCAGUCCAACCUCCUCUCCCUCCUGGGCCUCCCCCUGGACUACCGCCCAUGCGAGGGUCCUUUGGGUACCCCCCUCCACCGGGUGCUCCGUCCAGGCAAUUUCCAUCACUGCCCAGGAAGCCUCCUGCCCAAGACUAUAGGAACGUCCCCCCGCCAUCUCACCAAGGCUCUCAGGGACCCGGGAGGUCGCAUGCUAGCAACGGGCCACAAGGGUCCAAGCCUAGAGGAGGUGGACGUGGAGGUCGUGGAGGUCGUGGACGGGGCAGGGGCAGAGGGAGGGGCAGAUGA